AUGGAUUUAAAUAAAGCACCUCCAUCAAGGGUUUUAUUUGUAAAAGAUAUCCCACAACGUGUAUCAUACGACGCUUUUGAAAAUUUAUUUAAAAGUUUACCUGGUUAUUUAAUGAUGAGAAGAAAACCUCAUUUUGCUUUUGUAGAAUUUAAAGAUAGAGAGUUUGCAACAAUGGCAAUGAUCAAAUUUACUGGAUAUAAAAUUAGAGAUAAUAGGGAUAGCUAUAGUUAUAAUAAUAGUAGUAGUAGUAGUAGUAGUUAUCAUCAUAAUGAUAGCUAUAAUAGUAGUAGUGGUAGUAGUAGACAUCAUCAUAGUCAUAGUAAUGGUGGAGAUAGAGGUAGAGAUAGAGGUUAUAGCAAAGAUUAUAAUAAUAGUAGUAGUAGUAGUAAUAGACGAAAAGAAAUGGAUGAUGAAGAUGAUUUAAAAUCAAUAGAUUAUAAAGAUAGAACAUCUAAAUCAUCAUCAUCUUCACCACCAUAUUCAUCAUCAUCAUCUUCACCAUUAUCAUCUUCACCAUUACCUUCACAUUAUUAUCAAGAUAGAAAAAGAAUUCGUUCUGAAGAUUAUUAUCCAAGAUCAUCAUCAUCCUCAUCAUCCUCAUCUUUGUACUCUUCAAGUGAUAGAUAUCAUGAUAGCUAUAGAUCAACACCAUCUUCAUCUUCAUCAUCAUAUUUAAUACCUACAAGUUCAAUACCACUUUCUUCAUCAAAUUAUCACUUACCACCAUCAUCAACAUCAUUAUCAUCAUCACAUUAUCAUGGUGGUUCAGCAUUACCACCUCAAUCAUCAAUUUCAACAACAGGUAUGCCUUGUUCAACAUUAUUUGUAUCAAAUUUACCAAAAGAUGUAACAGAGAGAGAAUUAUCAAUAUUAUUUAGAUUUAUGAGAGGUUUUGUUGGAAUUCGUUUAAUCAAUAAAGAAGGAAAAUUACCAAUGUGUUUUUGUGAUUUCAUUGAUACUCAAUCCUCAAUGUUUGCUUUAGAAUUUUUACAAGGUUUUAGAAUGGAUGCUUCUGAUAUUUCUUCAAGUAUUUCAAUUGAAUUUGAUAAAGCAAAUCAUAAAUCAAGAUAA